ACCGCCUUCCAUUCUUCACCCCGCCCCGCCUGCGGUGUCUGCUGAAGCAAGGCUGUCUUCUCACAUUCAAGCGGCGGCGAUCAGGAAUAUUACUAGAAAUGGCCCUGGUGGAACUGGCCCUGCAGGGGCUCGCCAUCUUCGGUUUCAUCCUCUUCGUCGUGCUGUGGCUGAUGCAUUUCAUGUCCAUCAUAUACGUCCGUCUACACCUAAACAAGAAGGUCAGCGACAAGCAGCCGUACAGCAAGCUGGCAGGAGUCUCUCUUUUAAAACCCUUGAAAGGAGUAGACCCCAACCUCAUUAACAACCUGGAAACCUUCUUUGAGCUUGACUAUCCAAGGUUUGAGGUGCUCCUUUGUGUUCAAGACCACGAUGACCCUGCCAUUGAUGUCUGUAAAAAGCUGCUGGGCAAAUACCCAAAUGUAGAUGCCAGAUUAUUUAUAGGUGGGAAGAAGGUUGGCAUUAAUCCUAAAAUUAAUAACCUGAUGCCAGGAUAUGAAGUAGCCAAGUAUGACCUUGUCUGGAUAUGUGACAGUGGAAUCAGAGUGAAACCUGACACGUUGACGGACAUGGCCAAUCAGAUGACUGAGAAAGUAGGACUGGUUCAUGGUCUGCCGUAUGUUGCUGACAGGCAAGGCUUUGCUGCUACGCUGGAACAGGUCUAUUUUGGAACAUCUCACCCACGUUCUUACAUCUCAGCCAACGUCACUGGCUUUAAAUGUGUGACAGGAAUGUCCUGUUUGAUGAGGAAGGAUGUACUGGAUCAAGCAGGAGGCCUCAUUGCAUUUGCGCAAUAUAUUGCAGAAGAUUACUUCAUGGCCAAAGCCAUUGCAGACAGGGGUUGGAAGUUUUCCAUGGCGACUCAAGUUGCAAUGCAGAACUCAGGCUCCUACUCCAUUUCUCAGUUUCAGUCACGGAUGAUCAGGUGGGCCAAACUUCGAAUCAACAUGCUUCCAGCUACAAUCAUCUGCGAGCCAAUCUCCGAGUGUUUUGUAGCCAGCCUCAUCAUUGGGUGGGCAGCACACUAUGUCUUCAAGUGGGACGUCAUGGUCUUCUUCAUGUGUCACUGUCUAGCUUGGUUCAUUUCAGAUUACAUCCAACUGCGUGGAGUUCAGGGUGGCGCCCUCUGCUUCUCCAAACUGGACUAUGCCGUAGCUUGGUUUAUUCGAGAGUCCAUGACGAUAUACAUCUUUCUGUCAGCGCUGUGGGAUCCGACAAUCAGCUGGAGGACAGGACGGUACCGAUUGCGCUGUGGAGGCACCGCAGAAGAAAUACUUGAUGUGUAACGACUGACAGUAUUGGGACUCAAUGUGAAUAUGAGGAUGAAAAUGGAUGCAAAUGAGGCUUCUAGCCGUACAUCAUGUUAAGAUUACAAGCCAAGUUGUUUGGGAAAUUCAGACUUUGACAGUUUUUACCUGUACCUUUAAAAGUAUUGAUUAUUUAUGUAUAUGUGGCACUUGCAGUUUAUCUUCAGCAGCUUGCAUACGCCAGUUAGAAAACAAGUUUUGUCACUGGGGAGGAAGAGAUGGACGUACACAGCAGUCAUGCAAUUAUGAACCCCGGGAAGGUAAAUUAGGAUAAAACUUCUUCUGUUCCAUGAUGCUUUGUGGCUGAGGCCCGUCAUGCCAUGUGCUUUGUGCUGAUGCUGAGAGGUUUCCUUUCCAUUCAUUACAACGUCUUAUGUAAUUAUGAGCAGUCGAUGGGUGCUACAGACAAGAGCGGCCUCCGCACCGCCAGACAUCGGCCCCUAUGCUCCCAAGGACAACGCCGUGCGCGUGUUUUAAAAUCCUUCAGAUGUGUAAGGGAACCUUUGAAAAUCCCACUUUGCUGUCUUCAACUCUAAUGGUCUUUCCCUGGAAGUUCAUCCCCCUUUUUUUUUUUUUGUUUUCUCUUUCUCAGAAAAGUUUGCAGAACAUACGUGUUUGGGGAGCUGGGAUGAAAAGCAGCCCACCCUUCAGGGAAUGAAAAGCAUUUCUGUGUUUGGCUGACUGUGUCGUCUUUUUUAUAUAUAUAUAUAUAUAUAUGUGUAUAUAUC